ACAAAAUACCUUGGUUCCUGCAUUCUAAAAUUGUUUUUAUAGCAUCUUUGGUUAACACUACUGCUGAGGCUUAAAAGAAGAAACAUCCCAGAAUGGCAAUUAGUAUGACUCGCAUUCUACGUGCUAAGCAGGGCCUCAGAAGGUCUUCUUCAAGAACAAACAGAGAAAGUGAGGUUCCUAAGGGGCACUUUGCAGUUUGUGUUGGUGAGAGCGAGAAGAAGCGUUUUGUUAUUCCAAUUUCUUACUUGAAGGACACUUCUUUCCAAGACUUGCUAAGUCAAGCUGAGGAAGAUUUUGGAUUUGAUCAUCUAAUGGGUGGACUCACAAUACCUUACAAACAUUUGAGCGUGACAAUUAGUAUGGCAAACAUUCUUCGUGCUAAGCAAGACCUCAGAAGAACUUCUUCAAGAACAAACAGAGAAAGUGAGGUUCCAAAGGGGCACAUUGUAGUUUAUAUUGGCGAAUGCGAAAAGAAGCGUUUUGUUAUUCCAAUGUCAUACUUGAAAGACCCUUCAUUCCAAGACUUGCUUAGUCAAGUUGAGGAGGAAUUCGGAUUUGAUCAUCCAAUGGGUGGACUCACAAUACCUUGUCUGGAGGAUACUUUCCUUGACAUCAUCUCUAGUUCAAGAAGAUUUUGAGUGCCGACAGAUAGCUUAGUUUAGUCAAGAAAAUUUUUGCAUAGGAAAUAUUCUUGUACAGUUUCCCCCAAUUUUCAGCUGUCUCUUGAUUAACUUAGAAAAUGUAAA